GAUAGAUUCAGAUGACUCACCCUGUAUAUAUAUAUAUAUAUAUAUAUAUAUAAAAUAUAUGAGAGUGGAUCAAUUAGUACCCGUGUUUGAAGACAGGUGGCGUUGUUGAGGGAAGUUGGCAUUACCAUCUUUCAAACGACACCAUACAAAAUUUCAGACUGAUUCACAGGUUAGUUUUGAUUUGACAGCCAUUUGUAUUAAACGUGUUUGGUGUUUUUCGAUCAAAUGGAAAAAGAGCAAUAUGGAUUCGUAAUUCGCUUUUUAUUUUGGGAUGGAAAAACAUGUGAAGAAAUAAAAGCGAAGUUGGAUGCUGUCUAUGGGAACCUUUCACUAUUUAUGAUAACUGUGAGAUAUUGGUUCAAUGAAUUCAAACGUGGUCGUACAUCUGUUUUUGAUGAGGAGCGCCCAGGCCGCCCGGCAGACGCGGUUACUGAGGAAAUCGUUGAAAAGGCCCACGACAUGAUUCUCGCUGAUUGCCGAAUGACAGUACGCGAAAUAGCAAAGGCCGUAGGCGUGUCAUACGGAACGGCAAUCAAUAUUUUACAUGCUAAGUCAAGAAUGUGAAAACUGUCGGCCCGAUGGGUACCGCGAUUGUUCACAGUGGACAACAAACAAGCUGUCAAUCUUCCAAAGAUUAGCGUUGCAGUUGCGUCGUCACUUUGCCCGAUAUGCAAAUUGCGUCAUUACUUUAGUCUGUAUCCAUCAUUCGUGCGAGGGACACCAAGCCAGUGCCGCGAGCUUGUGAAAAAAUAUGGUCGAUGCUUUAAUUGUCUCAGUCAAAGUCAUUCGGUGCAUGACUAUAAGAGUAAAUACUCUUGUCGUAUCUGUCACAUGCGACAUUACACUAUGUUGCACGCAGGCUCGGCGCCCGGUGAGGCUUUGGCAACCGUUGGACAGCCCAUCAACUUCUCGCGAAGUCAAAUCUGAAAUUCAAUUGUUAUUAACUUCUCAAGUAAAAAGAUGUUCUCAAGUCCUACUCGUUACCGCGUUGAUCAAAGUUGUCGGCGCUGACGGAUGCUCGAUCGAAGUUCGAACCUUGCUUGAUCAAGGCUCUGAAAUGACUUUCUGAGAAUCUAGCGCAGGCCUUGCGAGUGAAGCGAUAUCGCAUGCCGGCACGGUCCGUUGCGCCGCUCGCGUUUCGAUCUCGUCGCGAGAUUCGCGUUCUCCGAUCUUGUCAACUUCUGCGUUGAUUUUAAAAGCGCUGACGUCAUACGCACCGAAGCGUGUUUCGAGUGUCGCGUCGUGGUCACAUUUAGCAAAUUUAUCAUGGGCCGAUCCGGACUCGACAAGUUCGGAUCCGAUUCACGUAAUUAUCGGCCCCGAUCUCUACAGUGAUAUUAUUAUUAAGAGCAUUCGUAAGGGCGAAUUCGGGCAACCUAUCGCGCAGAAUUCAAUAUUCGGGUGGAUCAUUUCGGGACCUGCCAAUGACUCGACUCCCAGCUCUUCUUAGUUGCUUCACGAUCAGGUUGAUAGUUCGGGUUCAGCUCAGGUAUUCGCGCAUCAUUGCUUCAGUAUCUCUUCUUCCUCAUUAGAGGACGAAAUGCGACGGUUUUGGGAGGUGGAGGAGCCUCCGCAUCAUGCUCUUUCGUCACCCGAAGACAAAUGCGAGACUCACUUUCGCGAAAUUCACUCUUGUUCCCCAUCUGGGCGUUAUAUUGUCCGCCUUCCCUUCAAGCAAGGUCCUCCGAUGGACAUCGGGGACACGUGAAAUCGCACGGAAAAGCAGCUUAACACGAUGGUCCGUCGAUUGCACGCGCAUCCUAAACACUUCACCGAAUACCACGAUUUCCUUCGCGAGUAUCAACAGCUCGUGCACAUGUGCGAGGUUGCUCCGUCGUCGGGAACGAGUUCGCAAUGCGUUUAUUUGCCUCAUCAUCCCAUUUUUGCGACACGAGUAUCACAACGCAUUUGUGCGUGGUCUUCAAUGCGUCGAGUGUUACAUCAAACGGCUCAAAUAUCAACAAUCACUUGGUGAUCGGACCGAAACUUCAAACGGAGCUACCCGCGGUCAUUCUGCAUUGGCGUCAAUUUCGAUUCGUCUAUGCCGCCGACAUCGCGAAAAUGUACCGGCAAAUUCUCGUUGACUCUUGUGACAUCUAUUACCAACGCAUCUUCUGGAAGGAGUCGUUGAGUGAGUCCGCAAAAGACUAUCAAUUGCUCACGGUGACGUGCGGUAUGGCGUGUGCGCCAUUCUUGACCUUGCGCGUACUCCGUCAGUUGACGGAUGAUGAGGGCUCGCGAUUCCCUCUCGCUGUGCCAGUUGUGAAGGAUCAUACGUACGUUGACGACGUUCUAUUCGGUCACGAUGACCCUGACAUUCUGCGCGAAAUUCGAGAUCAAGUUGUCGCUCUUCUUCGUCGCGGAGGUUAUGAACUGCGAAAAUGGACUAGCAACUCUUCCGCACUCUUAUCGGAUAUCAACGCUGCCGAUCACGGCGUCGCCUGCAGUAAAAGCUUGUCAACCGCCGAACGACUUAACAUCUUGGGCUUGGGAUGGAUUCCACUCAGGGAUAAGUCAAGAUGUUUCUCGCAAUAAACGCACUAUUCUAUCCGCGAUUGCGCGACUGUAUGAUCCGCUCGUUGGGUCACGCUGGUCACGAUUUCCGCUAAAAUUAUUAUGCAGCAACUGUGGAGAGCGGGAACCACUUGGGACGAAUUUGCUCCGGAGACUAUUCUCACUUCCUGGGAGAGGAUUUAUGCCGGUUUUUCGAGAUUGAACGGGUGAAACGUUCCUCGGUGAUCGGGUUUCGUUUUUGACGCUCAAAUCGAGCUUCACGGCUUCGCGGAUGCGUCGAACGCCACGUAUUCUGCCGCCGUUUAUUUGAGGGUCGUCGAUGAGUCGAGCCACGCAACUGUCACAUUGUUAAUGGGAAAAUCGAGGGUCGCUCCUAUAAACCCAUAACCACUCCGCGUUUAGAAUUAUUAAGCGCGGUGUUUCUCGCGCGGCUUGUCGAAUUCGUCUGCAAAACGUUGAAGAUUCGCUCGUCCGCUUGUUUUUGUUGGACGGACUCCACCGUGGUGCUUGCAUGGCUCUAUUAGCACCCGUCUCGAUGGAAAACAUUUGUCGCAAAUUGUGUUGCCGACGUCUGGGGUCGAUUGCCUGACGUCGAGUGGCGACAUGUCGCGACUGAGGACAACCCGGCGGAUUGCACGUCCCGCGGAUUAAUCGGUGGUGAAUUUCAAACACACUCUCUCUGGUGGCGCGGUCCUCUUUGGUUGCAUCUUUCUCACGACCACUGGCCGAACAUUGUGCCUCGUCUUUCCUAGACUGUUCUUUUGGAAGAGUACGCUGCACGCUUUUCACGAGCGUAAUCGCUAGGAGCUCGCGACGCGCUAUUCGUCGUGGCCCAAACUCAUUCGUGUCACGGUAUACAUAUUAAGAUUAAUCUCCUUGUGUCGCGGCAGGCGGUCAGACUAUCGGGCGGCGGAGGCGCGGUGUUUGGCGCUUUCCGCUCACGACUGUGAAGUCGCUAAAAGGUUCUGGAUCAAGCAAGUUCAGGCUGCGCUUUUUCCAGCGGAUUUGAAGAAGCUCACGCGUCGGCACGCCCUACCUUCAAGGCAUCCGAUCAUGGCACUCAGACCUUUUAUUGACCGAGACAGUUUGUUGUGCGUUGGCGGGCGGCUUAACUGAGCGUCGAGUCCUUUCGCGUCGCAACAUCUUAUCUUGCUCGCGGCUCAUCCGAUCGCGAAUCUUAUUAUUGAACAUAUUCAUUUGCGCAUUCAUAUGCAUGCGGCAUUAUAAUUGACCCUGAGCACGUUGCAACGUGAUUAUUGGAUUCUGCAUGCGCGGUCCCUCGUUAAGGCUGUGAUCCACCGAUGCGUUCCUUGCGCUCGUGAGCGAGCCACUGUUCCUUCUCAGUUGAUGGACGAGUUUUCCGCGGCGCGAGUUUCCGCACCUUCUCGCAGCUUUCAAUAUUGCGGUUUGGAUUAUGCUGGUCCUAUUGUUGUCCGAGCCUCAGCAGGGCGAUUAUGUCGCGUAAAGCCUAUAUCGCGUUAUUCGUUUGCCUAGCCACGCGCGCAAUCCAUUUGGAAUUAGUGUCUGAUUACUCGAUCGACUCAUUCUUUUCUGAAUGCGUAUGUGCACUUCUGCUCGCGCCGCGGAUUGCCACAAUCGGUAUAUUCCGAUAACGGAACGACAUUUGUCGGUGCGAACCGCGAGCUGGCAGCCGCGUAUCGCGCCGCGCGAUCCAAUUUUCAAGGCCGAAUGGCCUCCGACAACGUUGCAAGGCAUUUUAUGUCUCCGUCAGCACCCCACUUCGGGAGGAUGCAGGAGUGAAGAGUGUAAAACAUCAUUUGCGCCGCAUUCUUGAUAAUCACACUCUCAUCUUCGAAAAAAUGACUAUCGUUUUGUAUACUGUUUAAAUUCACGCCUGAUCGCUCCAUUGUCGGACAACCUUGACGAUUACAAGACGUUGACGCCCGAUAAUUUUCUAAUCGGUACCACGCUCACGUCCGCUCCGGAGCCUUCUAUUCUCGAUUGGAAUGAGAAUCGCUUCUCACGGUGACAGUUGCUACGCCAGAUCAUGGAACGGUUUUGGAAGAUCUGGUACAGGGACUAUAUUAAUACGCUCCAUCAGAGAGUUAAGUGGCGCAAGGUACAACCAUCAAUUCGUGUGGGACUCGUUCUAUUGCGAAAUCCCAAUUUACUCCCGUGUAAAUGGGAACUGGGUCGUGUAACACAGUGUCAUCCCGGGCCGGACGGCUUGGUCCGGGUGAUUACGAUAAAAACAGCGAUGUCGGAAUAUACUAGGCCCAUCGGCAAAAUAUGUUUACUGCCGAUUGACUGCAAUGCGACACUCUCGACAAAUCCUAGUUGGCGAGCCGCGGUUGCUAUGACGACCGAUAGACAAAAC